AUGUCGGCCACCGGCUUGAUUGGAGACACGUUCGGUGCCGGCGAGGAGGACGAGGUCGAGGCAGCAGACGAGUUCGGCUUCGCCACCGGCUCACUCAACAACCUCGAGGCGGUGGUGCCGGCGUCGCUGCCCGGGACGCUCGAGACGUGGCAGUGGGCGCUGAUCAACUCCUUCUUCUCGAUCGGGGGUCUGAUUGGCUCGUACGGGUGCGUCGCGCCGCUCGCGUACCUGGGCCGCAAGAAGACGCUGCUGUGGGCCAACCUCUUCGUCUUCCUCUCCUCGGCGCUCAUGUUUUUUGGCGAGGUCUGGUGGGUCUUGCUGCUCGGCCGCGUCUCGAUCGGCGUCGUCGCGGGCGUGGCGCAGAUGGUGGCGGGCUCGUACAUGACGGAGAUCGCUCCGAUCGCCAUCCGCGGCUCCGUCGGCGUCUGCUCGCAGGUCGGCAUCGUGUGCGGCAUUGCCUUUGCCAACUUUCUGACG